AUGGCUUCCGUUCAGGCGGCCCCUGCCGUCCAGCUCCCUGGCGCCGGCAUGGCAGCCACCACUCCUCAACAGGCUCAAGAGAUCUUCAACAAAUUUAAGCAGAUGAGGGAGAGUGGCGUCCCUAACACCGAUCCCGAAUACAUCAAGGCCGAGCAAUUCGUUCUGUCCUUCCAACAACAGGCGCGUCUGCGACAGAAGCAACAGGCGUUCCUUCAACACCAGCAGCAACAGAUGCAACAACAGCGACAGAUGCAGCAGGGCGGACCCAACGGUGCUGUAAAUGGCGCGCAUCCCGUCCAGCAGCAGCAGCCCCAACAGCAGCAGCUGCUGCAGCCGCCGCCAACUCCGUCUACACAACCUCCCGCGUCUGGUGCGCUUGGCGGCUCUGCGCUUCCCUCAGCGAGCUCAAAUAUCACAGGCCCUACCGCCGGCUCACCGUCCACGACUGCCCCUUCCAGCGGGCCCGGCGCUGGUCAAUUCAACCCUCAGCAACUGAGUUUGCUUCGCCAACAGAUACAUGCAUUCAAGCUGUUGACCAAGAAUGCCGGCGUUCCCUUGCAGAUGCAGCAGGCCAUCUUCGCUCAACGCGAGCGAAGGAAAGCCAUGGCCGCCGAGGCAGCCGCUCUGGCAGCUUCAUCAACACCGGCAGCUGCUUCUCAAGACUCUGCACAGCCCGGUCCGAAUGGCGCCGAACCCAAGUCCGAGCCUCCCGAGGUUCAGGGACCAACUUUCAAGGCCGUCAAGUCUCCUUACAAUGACCCCAACCUGAUCCGCAAGUCAAUUAGCCAUUUCGACCACACCCAGCGUAAGAACCGGAAGCUCAUUCCCGGACUUUUCCCAACGGGUGUGGACUUCGACCAGCUGCGGUACGAAAGGGAAGUGAUUUUGUUCAGCCGGAUGCGCGACCGUUACGCUGAGCUCAGAAACACCCCGGCAAACAUCGCCCACUGGGACACCACCAAGGACGAUGUCGAGCUAGAUGACAGUGCCAAGGUCAAGGCCAUUAUUGAGAUGAAGAGCCUGGGCUUGUACGCCAAGCAGAGGGCGUUACGCGACAAGAUCGGACGCUCGAUGAUGUUUUACGACAACCUUGCCAUGACCACCAACCGUUCCAGCUACCGCCGCACAAAGAAGAUGACGGUCCGUGAGGCCCGGAUUACUGAAAAGCUUGAGAAGCAACAACGCGACAUCCGGGAGAACCGCGAGAAGAAGAGACACACCGACUUUCUCGCUGCCAUUACUCAGCACAGGAACGAGAUCCAGCAAACCGCCGCCAGCCAGCGCAACAAGUCGACCAAGCUUAACAAGCUUAUGUUUUCUCAGCACUACAACAUCGAGAAGGAAGAGCAGAAGAGAAUCGAGCGUACCGCUAAGCAGCGUCUGCAGGCCCUCAAGGCCAACGACGAAGAAGCGUAUCUCAAGCUGCUCGACGAAGCCAAGGAUACCCGUAUCACUCACCUUCUCAGGCAAACCGAUGGAUUCUUGCGCCAACUCGCCGCCUCCGUCAAGUCCCAGCAAAGGAAGGCCCUUGCAGAGCAAACCGGCGAGGAACAGAUGCCAGAGGAAGAGGAAGAGGAAGAGAGCGAGCCGGAAGAUGAGGGCGACACGAGUGGAAGGAAGAUCGACUACUAUGCUGUUGCCCACAAAAUCAAGGAAGAGGUCACUGAGCAGGCCGACAUACUCGUUGGUGGCAAGCUCAAGGAGUACCAGAUCAAGGGUCUCCAGUGGAUGAUUUCACUGUACAACAACAACCUCAACGGUAUCCUGGCAGACGAGAUGGGUCUCGGCAAGACCAUCCAGACCAUCAGUUUGGUUACUUACCUCAUCGAGCGCAAGAAGCAGGAAGGGCCGUACCUGGUCAUUGUGCCUCUUAGUACUCUGACCAAUUGGACACUCGAAUUCGAGAAGUGGGCCCCGUCUGUUAGCAAGAUCGUCUACAAGGGACCUCCUCUUGUCAGAAAACAACAGCAGGACCAAAUUCGGCAAGGACGCUUCCAAGUGUUGCUCACCACGUACGAGUACAUCAUCAAGGACCGCCCAGUUCUUAGCAAGAUCAAGUGGUUUCACAUGAUCAUCGACGAAGGUCACCGCAUGAAGAACCAGAACUCAAAGUUGACGUCUACCAUCCAGCAAUACUACCACACCCGAUUCCGCCUCAUUUUGACCGGUACCCCGCUGCAGAACAACCUGACUGAGCUUUGGGCCAUGCUCAACUUCACACUUCCCACCAUCUUCAAGUCUGCAAAGACUUUCGAUGAAUGGUUCAACACACCUUUUGCCAACACCGGCGGGCAAGACAAGAUGGACCUCACGGAAGAAGAACAGAUUCUCGUCAUUCGUCGUCUGCACAAGGUUCUCCGUCCCUUCCUGCUCCGUCGUCUGAAGAAGGACGUCGAAAAGGACCUUCCGGACAAGACGGAAAAGGUCAUCAAGUGCAAGUUCUCGGCCCUGCAAAGCAAGCUGUACAAGCAGAUGGUCACGCACAACAAGAUUGUCGUCAGCGACGGACAGGGCGGCAAGGCUGGUGCUCGUGGCCUGAGCAACAUGAUUAUGCAGCUUCGCAAGCUUUGCAACCAUCCCUUUGUUUUCGGCGAGGUCGAGAAUACCAUGAACCCCCUGAACAUCAGCAAUGACAUGCUCUGGAGAACAGCUGGAAAGUUCGAGCUCCUGGACCGUGUUCUUCCCAAGUACAAGGCAACGGGCCAUCGCGUUCUCAUGUUCUUCCAGAUGACGGCCAUCAUGGACAUUAUGGAAGACUACCUUCGAUACCGCAACCUGAAGUAUCUCCGCCUGGAUGGUACGACCAAGUCAGACGAGCGUUCUGAUCUGUUGCGCGAGUUCAAUGCCCCUGACUCUGAGUACUUCAUGUUCUUGCUUUCGACCCGUGCCGGUGGUCUUGGCCUCAAUUUGCAAACCGCCGACACUGUUAUUAUCUACGAUUCCGACUGGAACCCUCAUCAAGAUUUGCAAGCUCAAGAUCGUGCCCAUCGUAUUGGACAAAAGAACGAGGUUCGCAUUCUGCGUCUCAUCAGCUCCAACUCGGUCGAAGAGAAGAUUCUGGAAAGAGCCAGGUUCAAGCUUGAUAUGGACGGCAAGGUCAUUCAAGCCGGUCGUUUUGAUAACAAGUCCACGGAAACGGAUCGUGACGCCAUGCUGCGAACCCUUUUGGAAAGCGCCGACCUCGCAGAGACGGGCGAGCAGGAUGAGAUGGAUGAUGAGGAGUUGAAUAUGCUCCUCGCCCGUAGUGACGAUGAGGUGGCCGUCUUCCAGAAGAUCGACGAAGAGCGCAGGAGGGACCCGAUCUAUGGCGAAGCAGCUGGCGCCAAGGCCAAGCCUCGUCUUUUGGGAGAGGACGAACUUCCCGAGAUCUAUCUCGGAGACGGCAACCCGGUGGAAGUAGAGGUUGAAACGAGUCUCGGACGCGGGGCCCGUGAGCGAACCAAGGUCCGCUACGACGAUGGCCUCACGGAGGAGCAAUGGCUCAUGGCUGUUGACGACGACGAGGACUCACCCGAGGCUGCUGCUGCACGCAAGCAAGCCCGCAAGGACAAGAGAGAGAACAACCGACUCAAGAGAACAGCCUUGUCGAAUGCCGCAGAAGUGUCUCCUUCAGCAAGCCGCGCAAGUACCGAGGAGGUGGAAACCCCCAAGAAACGAGGUCGCAAGCCCGGCAGCAAGAACCAGGAGAAGCGCAAGGCAGACGAUGGCGAGGAUGAACCACCAGCCAAGAAGCGCCGCGGACCGCAAGGCAGACCUAAGGCGGUCUCCGUCUCUGCCGGAUCUGGCGCGGCGGGAAUCUCGGCACAGCAGCGCCAAUCCCUCCAGGCGAGCGCGCGUGCUUUGUUUGACGGACUCAUGAACCUCGAGGUCGACGAUCCCGAGCCCCCAGAGGAGGAGGACGACGAGUCGGUGGCGGGCAAGCGGAUCAUCAUUGGUCCCUUCCUCGCCCUACCCCCCAAGCGCGACUACGCCGACUACUAUCUGAUCAUCCAGAACCCCAUCUCGAUGAAACAGAUCGAGCAAAAGAUCAAAAAGCAACAGUACUACAGCCUCGGCGACAUGUGCAAGGAUGUUGAUCUCAUGUUCAGCAACUGUCAAACGUACAACGAAGAGGCGUCGCUGCUGUAUCAGGAUUCCCUGACUCUUCAGAAAUUCUUCCACGAAGAGUUGCAGAAGGAGCUGGAGAAGCACCCGGAGCUGCAAGACCUCGAGGGCAAUGGUGCCAAGGAGACUUCUGUGGCACCCAGCGCAAGUGCGAGCGUCGGCACACCGCAGCCCGUAACAUCGGCCACGAGAAUCAAGCUGAUCUCUUCGGCUUCAAACGGGGCCAAAGAAGCGAAUGGGGGAAGCAACGGCGCUCAGAGUGACCAGGAGUAA